UUUGUCCUGCUAUCAUUGCUGUGAAAUUUUUUGAAACAAUUGCUCGCUUGCAUCCUCAGGUCUGCAUCCCUGAGAACUACAGUGAGAGCACUGACACCAAAUAACUUUAAAUCUAUAUCCAUUUUACAAUAUCUUCACCUCGGCAUCAUGGCGCAGAAAAAGGGACUUCUCCAGCGUCUGGACGAGGGCGUCGUGAUUGGCGACGGCGGUUUUGUUUUUGCCCUCGAGAAGCGCGGCUACGUGAAGGCCGGACCGUGGACACCCGAGGCUGUCAUCGAGUACCCGGAGGCGGUAAAGUCCCUCCAUCGCGAGUUCCUGCGCGCCGGCAGUGACGUGAUGCAGGCCUUCACAUUCUACGCGUCUGAUGACAAGUUGGCCAACAGAGGCAAUAUGUCUAGUCAAAAAUAUACCUGCGCGGGGAUCAACCAGGCGGCGUGUCGGUUGGCUCGAGCCGUGGCCGACGAAGGCUCCAACGGAGGCGCACUUGUUGCUGGCGGUCUGUCGGAGACGCCUUCUUAUCUCUCAGGCGCUGGCAAAGAAGCUGUUCAGGCAGAAUUCAAGACUCAAGUGGAUGCAUUUAUAGAAAGCAAAGUGGAUUUCCUCAUUGCCGAGUACUUUGAGUACGUGGAGGAGAUCGAGUGGGCCAUCGAAGUGUGCAAGCGGUCCAGCCUGCCCGUGGUGUCCACCAUGUGCAUUGGUCCUGAAGGCGACCUACAUGAGGUGUCUGCCGGUGACUGUGCAGUGCGCAUGGCAAAAGCUGGCGCAGACGUUGUGGGCGUGAACUGUCACUUUGAUCCGUUCAUGAGUCUCAAGACCGUCCGUCUGAUGAAAGAAGCGCUGGACGCCGCCGGCCUCAAGCCGCAUCUCAUCAUCCAGCCUCUCGCCUUCCACACUCCAGACGCCAAGAAGCAAGGAUUCAUCGACCUUCCUGAGUUUCCGUUUGCUCUUGAGCCGCGCGUAUGUACGCGCUGGGACAUGCACAAAUACGCCCGGGCUGCGUAUGAGCUUGGCGUUCGAUACAUCGGCGGCUGUUGCGGCUUCGAGGCGCAUCAUAUACGCGCGAUCGCUGAGGAACUCAAAGAGGAACGCGGGCGCCUGCCUGAGGCGAGCGAGAAGCACAUCCCGUGGGGCGGCGGCCUUACCAUGCACACCAAACCCUGGGUCAGGGCAAGGGCUGGUAGGGACUACUGGGAGUCUAUGGUCCCGGCCACGGGACGCCCCUACAGCCCCAGCAUGAGCGUGCCAGAUCAGUGGGGGGUGGUACGAGGCUCUGAAGAACUCAAGCAGAACUCGAGUGCCACCUCCGAACAAGAGAUCGCGCAGCUCAAGAUCACAGCUCAGCAGAAAUGUUCACACAAAAGGGCGUAGCUCAGUAGCAUAUUAAAUUUAUGUUAAAAAUUUAUUUAACAUAAAUUUAUUUAAAAAUUUAUUUUUUGAGGAAUUAAAUAAUCGCUUUCACGGCAUGGUACUAUAUGUAUGAGAAAUGAUUUAUUAGAUUUGGACAGGCCGUACGGAAGUUUUCGACUCUAGUCAGCUUAUAUUCAUUGGGCAAAAUAUUAUUAAAGCUAAACUUGUCAUAAAGUAAUCCUGCUAUCGGUGCUUUUCUAUUGUUCAACAGCCUCAAAUCGAAAUGAUUAAAACGAAAUCCAAACUAAAAUGUAUUUCUAAAUCCGAACUUUAAAAGAGAUGAGAUAAGUUUGGACGAUUUAUCCAGUCGUGAUUUUACUUUGACUUAGCUCAAGCGUGGCAGAAAUCGCGUAGCCCAACUAUAAAAUCUUUUCCUCGAAAUUCAGAUGUAUAUAUACAUUGAAUAUAUUAUUAUCCUAUCA